UCACUCUGUCUUUAUACAGCACACGGUCGUCUGCUGCUCAUGUUUGUCUAGAAACAAAUUUCUCAUCAUGUGGACAACUCUUAUGAAGUUAGACCUGGCCUCUGUUGGCCUGGCUCUGUUUCUGGGCUUUAUUUUUAUAGUUUUGUUCGAGCUCAUUAGGAUUAUUUCCUACAGAGGUCAAACUCCACCUGGUCCCAGACCGCUGCCUUUUGUUGGAAACAUACCGUAUUUUUUGAAGAACCCAAUGGAGUUCAUAAGAUCGAUAUCUCAGUAUGGAGAGAUGGCCACCGUCUAUCUGGGGAGAAAGCCAUCAAUAUUUCUCAAUACAAUCGAAAUUGCGAAGGAAGCCCUGGUCCAAAAUGCAUCAUCUUUUUCAGGAAGGCCACAACUACCACUUCUGAUCUGGAUCACUGAAGGAUAUGGUAUCGUAAUGGCCACAUAUGGCCACUCUUGGAGGCAGCAGAGACGGUUUGCUCUGCACACGCUCAGGAACUUUGGCCUGGGGAAGAAGUCUGUGGAGGAACGUGUGACAGAGGAAAGCAGCUACCUGGUUCCUGAAAUGAUCAAAUCAGAAGGCAAGUCUUUCGACCCCCAACAUGCCAUACAGAAUGCUGUAUCCAACAUUAUCUGUUCCAUUGUGUUUGGGGAUCGUUUCGACUAUGAUAACAAGCGCUUCAAAUACCUUCUGGAAAUCUUGAAGGAGAACAUCAUUCAGUCAGGAUCCCUUGUUGGACAGGUGUUUAACUUGCUUCCCAUCAUCAAACAUUUGCCAGGGCCACACCAGAAAAUUUACCAGAAUGCAACAGAGUUGAAGGCUUUCAUCAAGGAAGCAGUCAAAACACACAGAGAAACUCUGGAUCCAGACAGUCCACGGGACUUUAUUGAUGCCUACCUGCUAGAGAUUGAGAAACAAAAGUCCAACGAGGACUCCACAUUUCAUGAGGAUAACAUGGUUAUGUCAGUAGCUGACCUGUUUCUGGCUGGAACCGACACCACAGCGACCACCAUCAGAUGGGGGCUCAUCUACCUGACUCAGAACCCAGAUGUACAAGAGCGAUGUCAUGAGGAGAUUGUUCGGGUGCUGGGUUACGACCGCUUGCCCAGCAUGGAUGACCGUGACAAACUACCGUACACAUAUGCCACUGUUCAUGAGAUUCAACGCUGUGCCAACAUUUCACCCUCCAGCGGCUUACAUGAAACGACUCAGCACACAAAACUACGAGGAUACGACAUUCCCAAGGGUACUGUGAUAUUAACCAACUUAACAGCAAUUUUAACUGAUAAGGAGCACUGGAAGAACCCAGACACCUUUAACCCAGAGAAUUUCUUAGAUGAUAAUGGACAUUUCUUCAAACCGGAGUCUUUCCUCGUUUUUUCCUUGGGUCCGAGGGUCUGUCUCGGUGAGACCCUAGCUAAGACAGAGCUCUUCCUCUUCGUCACUUCUCUCUUACAGCGGAUUCGUUUCUCCUGGCCACCUGAUGCGAAGUGGCCAGACAUGAAUGGGAUUGUCAGUUUAGUCCGCUCGCCUGAGCCAUUCAACAUCAUCUGCCACAGCAGAGGAUCCAACAAGUGAUCCAUUAGUACACUUUCCAACAUUUACACAAGUUUUCAAAUUUUCCACCAGUUUAUAAAUAUAAGUCGGCAAAUUGAUGUUAAUAUUUUUAGCCCUGAAAGAUUAUAUUCUAGUUUAAUAGUUACUGUUUUAAAAAAAAAAGAAGCUGUAAUUGUUGUAUAGUGUGGAAUCUGUUGUAAUACCACUAUAAAUUAUAAAGCUUU